AUGCCCGUCUUCCACACGAAAACCAUCGAGAAUAUUCUCGAGCCCGUCGCUCAGCAGCUGCACUACGUGGUGGCCGUCGCCGAGGCGUGCGCGCGACAAGGCCCCCGUCCCGAGGAGCCGCCUGUAGCGCCCCCGGGCGCCCUCUCGCGCGCCUCCUCCCGCCGCAGUCUCCGCUCCGAGCUCGUCGCGCCGGACACGCUGCGCACGUUGGUGACGGAUGAGGACUGCCCCGUGUGCCAUCUGAUGUUGCCGAAGGGCGGAGGGGGAAUCGGAUGUGUAUCCCGACUAGUCAUCCUGCACGAAGAGGCCGAAGAUGGAGGUGCGAUGCCCGACCUCACCAGGCCCGUCGGCCUCGUCUCCCACGCCGUCGACAACCUCAUCAAGGUUGGCUACGACACGUGCGACCACUCGGACGACCGCAUCUUGCAGCAGGACAUGCCGCCAGCGCUUCAGCGCGUCGAGGGAUCCAGCCGAUUGCUUGAAGAUGCUUGCCGUAACCUGAAGGGCGACCCGUACAGUGCGCCAGGACGGCAAAAGCUUAUCGAGGGCGCCCGCGGUAUCCUGCAGGGCACCUCGGCCCUGCUGCUCUGCUUCGACGAGAGCGAGGUCCGGAAGAUUAUCCGCGGAUGCCGCAAGGUGCUCGACUAUCUGGCCGUCUCUGAGGUCAUCGAGAGUCUCGACGAUUUGACCCAAUUCGUCAAGGACAUUACCCCGUGGCUGUCGCGCGUCUCGCAGGACGUCAACCUGCGGCAACAGGAGCUGACGCAUCAGGUUCACCGCGAGAUCCUGCUGCGAUGCCUCGACCAAAUCAAGACCCUGUCGCCCAUCCUCAUCUGCUCGAUGAAAAUCUUCAUCCAGCUCGGCCAAAGCCCCGGCUCCAGGGGUCAACAAGAAGCCGCCGAAAACCGCAACUACCUGGCCCAGCGGAUGACCGACGAGAUGAACGAGGUCAUUCGCGUCCUGCAGUUGACCACCUACGAUGAGGACGAAUGGGACGCGGACAACGUGACGGUGAUGCGCAAGGCGCUUUCCGCAGCUAAAUCGCUGCUCGCCGCCGCGCUCGAAUGGCUCGCUGAUCCGCGCGGUGUUCCCGGAUCUGUCGGCGAAAAGGCUAUCCGCCGCAUCUGCGAAUACGCCGAGCGUAUCGCCACCCGUGCCCUUCCCGAAGACGCGUACGUCAUCCAGCGCGCUACUUCCGAAAUCCACCAGCUGACCGACUCGAUCUGCCAGCUGAGGAACCAGGGCCGCGACGAUGAGCGCCUCACCCAACAGUGCGCCCAGAAGCUGCGCGACCUCGUCGGAACCAAGGCUUCCUCCGGCCUCCUGCCAGAAGCCCUCACCAACGCCCACAAGGCUGGCGUCGGACACCCGGCUCACACCGCUGCCGGGCGGUUGGAGCAGGCGUUGAGGUGGCUGGACAACCCUGGCGUUGAUGACGGCGGUCUCGGCCUGCGCGCCAUCAAGAUGAUGACCGACGACGCGCGCAAGUUGGCUGAUCAGCUGAACCCGCAGGAUCGUGGGCGUCUUCUCGGUCUGUGCUCGGACAUCGACCGACUUGCCGGCCAACUCGCCGACUUGGAGCGACGCGGACUCGGCAACAGUCCGGAAGCCCACGCCAUUCGCCAGCAACUGCGCGACAAGCUCCGUGAGCUCGCCGACUUCAUGCGACGGAUCCUGACCGAUCGCGUGGUCGAGCACUACGCCGACAUCACCACCCCGCUCAAGCAGUUCGUCGAGGCGGCCCGCGCUGAUUACUCGGUCCAGAAUCGCGAGUACAACUUCCAGGACAAGUCGACGAAUCUGCGCGAACACUCCGGUCGCAUGACAUCUACCGCCCGACUGGUCGCUUCGUGCGGCCCGUGCAAGAACAAGAAGACCGUCGAGGCCAUCAUCGAUCAAAUGACGCCCCAACUCGUCAACGCCGGCAAAAUCCGCCUCCACAACGACACUGACGCCAUCGACCAGCAUUUUGAAAACUUGCACAGACAAUACGCUGACGCGCUGCACCGCCUCCGCUCUCACGUCGAUGAUGCCAUCGACACCGGCGAGUUUGUGCGCGCGUCUGAAGGGGCGAUGCGCAAGUACACCGACCACUGCGAGCACGCCAUCUCGUCGGCGCACCCGCAGAGCAUGGUCGACAACACCAGCCAGAUUGCGCGUCUUGGCAACCGCGUGUUGAUGACCGCCAAGAACGAGGCGGACAACAGCGAGGACCCGCACUUUGUGCGUCGCGUCAACGAUGCCGCAUCUUCGCUGCAUUCUGGGUCACGCGGCCCCUCCUCCCACUUGGACCCAGAAGACCCCACCGAAUCCCUGGCCCCCCACCCGAACCGCUCGAUGCCGCCGACGUUCGCCUCCGGGUUCUACUACCCCCGGUCGGAGCCCAACCUCACCGAGGUCGGCUUCGCCAAGGAACGCUAUUCCGAGGAGCGCCGCCGCCAGGAUGAGGUGCGCGAGGAGCGGCUCUUUGAGCAGCGUCGCGUCAACUACGAGCAGCGCCGGAGCCAGCUAGAUCUGUACCAGCUCCGCGACUUUAGCCCCUCCAGGACACCGCCAAAAUAUUAUUCAUAUUCUGUAUCGCGUGGAAAUUCGCGGGCCACGUCGAGGGGCGAGUCUAGGUCGGUAUCCCCUGAAAAAGUGCCGAAAUUCCCGAUCUUAUCGAGGGAAGGGUCGAGGCAUUCGUCGCCCGGCCGGCGCUACCAGUCCAAUUCCUACCACGAAUUCCAAGAAUCGCGACCGAGAAGUGUGGCAGUCCAGAGCACCGGUCAGCUGCACGAGAGUCGUGGACAUGCGUCGAGGCGGGACUACGGUACCUGGGGCUCGCGGCAUACUUCGCGGACCAUCCCGCCCAUGGUCAACCAUGCCAAGUCGGUGGCGAUGAACCCGCGCGACGGUGGCGCUGCCAACCACUGGCGCGGUGCCAACGACCACCUGCUCGACAGCGUGCGCGCCGUCGGAGACGCCAUCACCGGGGUGCAGGCCCCUCCAAGCCGGAACAACUACCACCAGGAGACGAUCCGCUCCACGCAGCCCUCGCCGGCUCGCCACGAGUCGUCGCAAAACUUCCACUCGGUCCAGGCGCAGCCCCCGCCCCAGCCAACCAUCCACCACAAGAUGAUCGUGCGCGAGGAGAUCCCGCCGCCACCACGCCCGCCGCCGCCGGUCGAGAUCUCGCCACCGCCGAGGCCGCCACCGCCGCCAGUCGAUGAGGAAGAGGAGGAGACCCGCGCCUUCUGGGAACGCUACCCCCUGCCCGGUGGCCACAGCCAACCCAUGCUAUCCGCUGCCCACAACCUCCACAAUGAGCUGAAGCAGUGGUCGUCGCACGAAAACGAGAUUGUCGCCGCCGCCAAGCGGAUGGCCAUCCUCAUGGCCCGGCUCUCGCAGCUCGUCCGGGGCGAGGGAGGCACCAAGAAGGAUCUCAUCGACUGCGCCAAGGCCAUUGCCGACUCGUCGGAGGAGGUGACGCGCCUUGCCGUCCAGCUCGCCCGCCAGUGCACUGAUAUCAAGAUGAGAAUGACCCUGUUGCAAGUGUGCGAGCGCAUUCCUACCAUCGCCACCCAGCUCAAGAUCCUCUCCACGGUCAAGGCGACGAUGCUCGGCUCGGCUGCCACCAUUGGACCUUACGGACAGCCAAUUGACGGCUCCGAGGAAGAUGAGGAGGCCAUGCAGCAGCUGUGCCUGAACGCGCAGAACUUGAUGCAGUCGGUGAAGGACACUGUCCGCGCCGCCGAGGCCGCCUCGAUCAAGAUCCGAACAAACUCUGGCCUCCGUCUGCGCUGGAUCCGGAAGCCAAUGUGGAGCAACUUC